AUGAAUGGUAGCAAUAUCCAACUAGAACAAGAUUUUCAGGAUUUCAAGUCCUUGUUCAAACAAGAAAAUACUAAUAACGAUAAUAGAUUCGAUUUAUUAGACCUAAAUUCAAUAAUGACUCCACCUAUCUCACCAAGUACUAAGAAUAGUAAUAAUAAUAGUAAUAAUAAUAGUAAUAGUAAUAGCGUUAACGGAAACAAAGAAGCAAAUGUCAACGAUAAUACUACAGCAAAAAAUAUUGUUCAAUUACCUAAGAAGAAGAAGAAAACAUAUAAUACAAAUAAAAAUAAGCCAAAAUCGUACUCCACCCCAAAUAAUCUAUCAAGUGCAUUACUUAAGGAUCAAAAUAAAUUAAUCCAUCUAGAUCCGGUACCAAAUUUCAAUGAUAAAUCAGAAAUUAAACCUUGGCUACAGAAAAUUUUCUUUCUUCAAGGUAUUGAUAUUGUAAUUGAAAGAUCUGAUAGUGGGAAAGUUAUCUUCAAAUGUAAAUCACAAACUCCAAAAAGAAGGUAUGCUAAGUCUUUGAAUCAUAAUGCCACUGCUGCUACUACGACAACUGCAACCACUCCUCUUUCUUCUUCAAGUUGUCCAUUCCGUAUAAGGGCAACUUUCUCAUUAAAAUUAAAAAAAUGGAACAUAGUAGUAGUCAAUAACUCUCAUUCCCAUGAAUUAAAAUUUAACCCAAAUUCCGAUGAAUAUAAAAAAUUUAAAGAUUAUUUGAAAACCACAAACGAUGUGGAAACAUUGAAAAGAUUCGAAGAAUUAGAAUAUAGAUCGAAAUUGAACUUGCCAAUUAAUCCUUCAAUUAUUCCAUGUGACUGUGGUUUAACGAGUGAAGUGCAAAGUUUUAAUAUUAUAUUACCAACUUCGAAGAUUUGUGGGGCAACAAAGGUUCAAAAAAUAAAUCAUAAUAACAAUAGUAAUAACAGCAACAGUAAUCUUAUAGAUUCAAUAAAAAAUAAAAAUAAGAAACUGAAAAAUUUUAAUAAACAAAAUCUAUUAAAGAAAACAACGAAUCAAAAUCUAUUGUUAUCCUCGUCAAAUACCUCAGUUGGAACCAGUGGUAAUUCAACUUUAACAUCAACAUCAACAUCACCAGCCUCUCCACCGUCAUAUAAAGAUUCCUCUUUGUCUUUAUCAUUAGGAUCAAACUUCCUAGAUAUUUCAAAUGAUCUAUUCAGUCAACCAAUACUAACACCGGACUUUAUGCAAGAUCUUACCAAUAACACCAAUACUAUCAAUUAUCAAAAUGCUUUUGAUCCUCAAAUGAACAACAAGCAAAACAGUACGAAUUCUACUGACGUGAAAACGGAUUUAUUUGAAAUAGAUUUUACUGAUAUCUUCAACAAGACAAAUAUGACUAGCACUAAUAACAAUAACCGGGGUGAUUUCAAAUACAUUAAAAGUAACAAUCAAAAUAAAAAUGAUAAUAUAAUAAAUUAUUUAAAUGAUCCAAAUUUGAUAGAAAAUUCUUCCGCAUUAUUAUUCUCUCCGUUACCAGACGAGAUUGAUUACACUUCCAAUAAUCUAUUCUUGCCAUCUGUCACGCCAUUCUCUUCAGAUACUAAACGUAUACCGUCUCCUAACAACAAUAAUAACAAUAGUACGACUACCACUAACUUAGCAGAUACUAAUAUUUUUGUAGGCUCUAGUACGGAUGAUCUGAACAAUCAAUGGCAUUUUGAUUCAAAUUUAAACUUAGCAUCAAUUGAUAAUGAACAAACUGAGUAUGAUUUCACAGAUUUCCUAAAAUGA